AUGGAUAAAAUCGAUCAACUCAAGAAAAACAGAGACUUGUUACAGGAAGCCUUGGACACCGGUUUCGAACAGGCAAAUGCCGUGAUUGAAAAGGAGUCACCAACGAAAUUCGAACUGUCAAAAGUUGAAGCAUGUUCAACAGAAAUCGACGAAACUUUCGUCAAGUUACAAAGUCUAAACGUGGAAAUAGCGAAACUAGUUACAAAACAGAAGGAAGAUGACCUAACCAAAGAGGAAAUCUUACAAACGAAACAGAGGAAUAUAGACAAUCGAACCAAACUAGUGCACGUGAGUAAGUUUGUAGAAUUACAGUCCAAGAAAACGGUCGCAAAGCCAGCGACAGUCGACGCGCCAGCCGCGUCAGUACCCAAAACAGCGCAACUGCCAAAGUUGAAAUUACCGACAUUCGACGGGUCUUACACAUCAUGGAAAUCCUUUUGGGACACGAUUGAAGCAGAUGUUCUCAGUGCUAACUAUGCGGAUAUCACGAAAUACAAUUAUAUCAAGGGACAGUUAACGGGCUCAGCAACAGACGCUGUUGCUGGUCUUCAAGCUUCAGGGGAAAACCUGAAAGUACUUGUAGAAAUCUUGAAAGAACGUUUCGGACAACCCCGAAAAAUCAUUCGAUCACAUGUGAAUAACCUCUUAGAAAUGCCAGGGCCUGCAGGACAUUAUAAUGCUCUCCGGGAAUUCCACAACCGAGUAAUGGGGGACAUACGGUCCCUAGAAAACCUCAACGUCGAUAUCUACAAAUGCGCUCCGUUUAUUGUACCAAUCAUCGAAAAGAAGUUACCGAAAUUCUUCCGGGAAAAAAUGGGAACCUCAGGGCAACAGGAUGCUUUUGACUUAAAGCGAUUCAUGCAGUCUUUCUCGGAACAGCUUGAAAACGUUGGAGAACGCGCAGAUGCUCCUCCACAGUCGGAUAACAGUCAUAGGAAAAGUACGCAGAAUCAGAAUCGAAACCUGAACGGGAGUAAAGUUUCAUUGGAUUCGUUUGUAAGUGUGCCCGCAGCCAAACCCAAAAUGUGUCAAUUCUGCAACUCCGGUCACAGUUGUUUUGAAUGCACUCUAUCGCCAACAAACCGACACAAUGCCGUUUUCAACAAACGCCUGUGCAGCAACUGUCUUCGAACAUCUCAUAUCGCCAAGGAAUGUAACAACCGCAGCAAAUGCCACACGUGUGGUAAAAAGCACCACACCAGUCUUCACGAAUACUUUGAACAGAAAUACAGAAAUUCAAGUAACACAGGAAUGUGUGCCGUAACCCCCAAGUACUCCGAUGUACAAAAAAUCGAUAUCAAUGAUCACGUGGGAUUUAAAACAACAAACGUGAACUCCAAAAAACGCGCAACCAAUAGGCCGUCCACAGUUCUACUAGAAACAGGGUAUGUUACCUUACAGAAUAAAGGGAAGGAAGCCACAGCAGGAGUGCUGAUUGAUAGAGGAAGCAUGUCCUCUUACAUUCGCAAAGAUACAGCACAAAAGCUUCAACUCAACCCGGUGCGUUCCCAAUCCAUAAGUGUUAAUGGCUUCGGAGGCCACUCUUCAAAACGGCAAUACGACAUUGCAAAUGUUGAAAUUGCAACCACUGACGGCAUCAAAAUAAUUGAAGUUCUCAUCACCGAUGAAAUAGUCAACCCCAUCAAUCAACGAGGAUGGAAUACAUGUAAGGAGUACCCAUACAUAGCGAACAUUGAAAACAAGUUAGCAAAUAACUUUAGUGCCGAUGAAUUCACCGUGGAUAUCAUGAUUGGAUGUGAUCAUGCCUUCCAGUUCCUUGAAAAUCGUCUAGUGAAAGGGGACGGGCCGACAGUACAGUAUUCAAAUUUGGGAUGUUUUGUGUCAGGACCACUGUUUCCCGUUAAAAUCGAACACUCCGUGAUUACAUCAGCAGAUCGAAUCAACACAACCGCAAACGAACAUAUCAUCGAGGACAAUGAUCCCGAGAUACAAUCACUUGAGGAAUUCAUCAACAGCAGCACUCUUCAGCCAACGGAUGAAAAUGACACUGAUUUCGAUGAACAGUUUAAAUCGGACUUCAUGCAAAAAAUCGAGUUCAAGGAUGGGAACUAUUCGGUUCCGUUACCAUGGAGACCAGACCACGCGGAACUACUCACUAACAGAAGGGAAUGCGAAGCCAGGCUACGUCAAGUCAUGGCAAGAUUACGUAAGUUAAACCUUCUCAACAACUACACCCAAGUAAUGCAGGAAAACCUGGACAAGGGUUUCAUCUCAGAGGGCAGCCCAGAUGACUGUGACACCGGCCACUAUUUGCCUCAUUUUCCCGUACUCCGUGACAGUGAAACAACCCCCCUGAGAAUCGUUUUUGACGCCAGUAGUGGUAGCCCAUCGCUCAACUCAUGCCUUUAUGAAGGACCUAAUAUGCUUCAAGACCUAACUGAACUGAUCAUGCUCUUUCGGACCAAACGGAUUGGUCUGUCCGCAGAUAUCGCUCGUGCCUUUUUAGCUGUGCAUUUGUUAGAAUCGGAGAGGAAGUGGGUUAGAUUCCUCUGGUAUAAAGACAAUGAUGUCUCGAAAGAACUGAUUCCUUAUCACUGUAACACUGUCAUAUUCGGAAAUGUUUCCAGCCCAUUCGCCCUCGCUAUUACUCUGCACAAGCAUCUGUCUAGUUACGAUACCCCAGUUGCCAAGGAUAUGAAAACAAAAUUCUACGUUGACAAUCUGUUAACCGGAGUCGAUUCAAAUCAGGAAGCAUUGGAUUACUUCCAGGAGUCUCGUGAGAUCAUGAACCACGCGUCUUUCAAUUUGCGCCAAUGGAGUUCAAACUCGGAAACACUCGAUGAAAGAAUCAGAUCGGAAGGAGUACAAACAAAAUCUGACAUUGUAGGGGUACUUGGACUGAAAUGGGAUACCAAAUCUGAUCAGAUUUCAGUCGCAAAAAAGGAUCUCAAAUCAUCAGGAGAACUUUCAAAACGUAAAGUAACAUCUCAGACCGCAUCAAUCUUCGACCCGCUCGGAAUUGUAGCACCGCUGACAGUCCCUGCUAAGUCUUACGUGAACAACCUGUGGAGAGGCCAAAAAACCUGGGAUGAACACUUAUCAAUCACCGAACGGCAAGAAUGGGAAACAAUCAAACAGGAGUCCCUCUCUCUCACGCACAUGCUAUCUAUACCCCGUUGGCUAGGGGGUGACACCAGCAAACCGUUACAAAUCGUAGUAUUCUGUGAUGCAUGUCCCACCACCGCCAUUGGUUGUGUCGCUUACGCUAAACAGAACAAUAAAGUCGCCCUCAUCGGCUCUAAGAACAAAGUCAUCUCAGAGAAAAAUGUAAAUUUCACAGUCCCUAAGCUUGAACUGAUGGCCAUGGUCUUGGGGGUAAAUUAUGCAGAGACCUUACGAAAUACCUACAUCAGUCAGUAUCAGACAAUCGAAGUGGUAUACAUUACUGAUUCAGAGAUAGCGCUUUAUUGGCUCAGAUCCAAUAAAAAACUCAAACAGUUUGUUCACAACCGCGUGCAAACAAUACGUCAGAAGUCAGACUUGACUUCUUGGUACCAUGUGUCAACCAAACAAAACGCUGCAGACAUCUUAUCACGUGGUGCGACACAUCAGGAAUUGAAGGACUCUUCAUGGCUGCAGGGACCAAAAUGGCUCAAGGAUGAUAAAACCACGUGGCCUUUAACCGCACUUUCCGACCUAACCUUGAACAGUUCCGUCUCUCUGACAGCCGCGUUUGAAAUGCAAAAUGACUUCGUUGUUACAAGCAUGGUCGCAACAACACCGGUCGCAAGUAUCAGCGACGUUAUAGCACAGGACAAGUUCAGUUCAUGGAAUAGACUUCUGAGAAUUACCGCCUUAGUAUCACGCGCUUUCAAACCCGGACUCAAAAACAGGAAUAAACUGUCUGCACAAGAUAUCGCUAACGCGGAAGAAAAAUGGAUUACAAAUCUUCAAAACGAACACUAUAAACAUGUUACGGAUUACUUGAAGUUAGAACAAAGUGGAAGGCAUAAGCUGCCUUCUCGACCCACAAUCAUCACUCAAUUAGGGCUCGUUCUUGACAAAAAAGGAACAAUUCGUUGCGGCGGGAGGCUUACUAAUUCAGACGUCAGCUCAGACAGGAAGUACCCAAUUCUCCUGCCAAAUCAAUCCUACAUAACAACGUUAAUCGUCCGGAACGCCCACCACAACGUGGUACACUACGGCUUAGGGUCCACCAUGGCUUAUCUUCGGGAGAAGUAUUGGGUCACAUCAAUGCGCUCAACCGUUAAGAAAAUCAUCGGACAUUGUGUAAUCUGUAAGAAAGUGUCUGGGCGUCCAUAUCUGACUCCCAUCGCACCACUGCCAGACUUUCGGAUUAACGACUUGUCAGCUUUCAAGUCCACUGCUGUAGAUUUUACAUCACACCUCUACGUACGAAUUAAGGACUCGAUACAAAAAGUGUACGUUUGUCUCUUUACGUGUUGCACCACGCGAGGCAUACAUCUUGAAAUCACGCCGGACUUAACUGUUGAAUCAUUUCUAAGAGCUUUCAGACGUUUCACUUCAACACAUUCAGUGCCUAGCCUCAUUUACUGUGACAAUGCCAAAACGUUUACAAGCGCCGACACCGAGCUGAAACGGCUGUACAACAUUGUGGGAACAGAACAAUUCCAAAACCACCUGUCUAAGAAAGGAAUAACAUUCAAAUAUGCACCCGUACAAGCCAGCUGGUUCGCUGGCGUUCAUGAGAGACUGAUUGGUGUGACGAAACUUGCACUUAAGAAAACCUUGCGCAAAUCACUCGUUCCAAUUGAUGAGUUUCAAACUCUCAUCAAAGAAAUUCAAGCAACGGUAAACAACAGACCACUCACAUAUUUGUCAUCAGAUCCAAAUGAACUCAAAGCGAUAACACCGAAUAAUCUGAUAUACGGACAUGAUAUGUCUUUGUUGCCACACGAAGGAGAAGAUAACUUGGAUGUAACAUACGCCGGCAGAGAUAAACUUGAGAAAUUGGCGUACACACGCGCAGAACGACUACAAACAUUCAAGAAACGUUUCUAUGACGAGUAUCUCGCUAGGCUACGGGAACAACACCAGUACGAACUUAGCAAACAAAAUGCCAAAGCUGACAUCAUUAAAAUUGAUGACGUCAUUCUUGUACACGACAAGGAUGCCAAGAGGAGACACUGGAAACUUGGGAUCAUAAAAGAACUCAACAGAGGCCAAGAUGGGCUGACCCGAUCUGCGCUUGUCAAAACUGCCACAGGGCAAUCUAACCGAGCAAUCGGAAAAUUGUAUCCGCUUGAGUUAACCGUUGACGAGAGCAUCGAACGGUCUGCGCAAAUCAAAUCUGUUCAAAAAACAAAAUCUCGACCAAAACGGUCAACCACUGACAUUACGAGGCUCAAAAUCAGAGAGCACUUGGAUUACUACGGACAGUAG